CAUAUAUUUUCCGAUGUUACUAAACAUAAGUCAACGUGAAUCGUAUACUUAUGUUUCCAAUUGCGAAUACUAUACAUAUAUAUUCAAGGAUACCGUCAGAAACGUGUACGCAUUUUUACUAUUCGAAUACGUAACAUUGCGAACAAGUUAUGGAAUAAAAUCUCAGUUCUUUGAUAUACGCGCACUAUCUUAUGUGAUUGUACUUAACAAGCAUAUAUUUUGGAGCGAUAAAUCAAAAGAAGGGACAAUGCGCUUUUAAUUCUUUUUUUCUGUUUUCGUUAUUAAUCACAAAUAAGUCAAGCGAAAGGUAAUAACCUUAAUCUUAACCUAUCAAUCAUUAACCUUAAACUUAUCCUAUCUUAGUAAAAAAAGACGAUUUACAAUGGAUAUAAUGAAUUUUUUGAAAUAAGGUAUAAUCUUCAAAAGUAUACAAUUUCUUCUUACCAUAGGAACAGUUUUAGAAAUGAACCAAAUUAAGCAAAAAUCUCUCAUCAAAGAUUUAUUCCACAAGAAACAAUCGAGAAAUCAGAAAAAAAAGUUAAACGAAAAAAUCAGAGAAUGUAAUGGUAUUGAUUAUCCAUUGGACAUAUGGUUUAUAAUAUCAGAAUAUAUUAAACCAGAAGAUAUAGGGAAAUUUGCUUGUAUUUGUAGAUCUUCUUACUAUGUGACUACAACUGCAAAAUUUUGGUUUCAUCUAUAUAAAAUUUAUUACAAGUUCGUUCCUGGUAUACCAGAACGCUUGCAGCCACAUUGGAUGGUACUACGCCAUGAAUUACGUUUUUGCGUCAUCAGGACAUUGCAUUAUUCCUAUUUUGCUGAGAGGAGUACAUUAAAUUAUGUAUCACAGUUACAGCAAAGAGAGCCACAUUCUCUUGUUAAAAGACGAUGUUCUCUCAUGUGGCACAAAAAAGGAAUUAGUCGAUGGUAUUUUUUUUUCAAAUUAAAAGAAAUAUCAAGAAUAUGUAAUAGAACUUUGACACAACAAAAUAAAAACAUACAUGAAGAAACGAAUGAUAUUGAAAGAGCAAAAAAGAUAAAUGCAAAUCCAGAAGAAGGUUGUAAAAUUUUACGUGUAAGAUGUGUAGAAUAUAGCAAAUUACCAUUAGUAAUUGGACUAAUUUUACAGAAACUAUCAGUGACCUUAAUGCCUGGUCUUAAAUAUUUGCGGUUACAGCUUGGAUUUGGAACAUCAGAUAUUCCAAAUGCAUUAACAAGCGAAGUUAUACUCAAUUAUGUAAAUGAUUAUGAAGUUUUAGAUUGGUGGCAUCCGCGUUAUCCACAUCAAGAUACAAUAUCUCAUUUAUGUGAGGUAGGUAGUACUAUACAUUUAUCCUCGGAUGAUACCUGGGAAUAAUAUUUCUGUCUAAUUUCUCGCAAGAAUAUUAUAUUUUGUCUAGUUAUAAGUAUUAUAUAAAUAUUAAAUUUUAUAACUGAAAUAUAUGUAUGCAAAUGUUAUAAAAAAAGUUUCAGUUCUAAUUGAAUAACCUAAA